GACAGUCCGCCACGUACAGAGACCCCAAGGACGACAAUGAGUCCAGAAUCUGAGACUGCCGCUGAGCCCAGAUUUAUAAAAGCUAUAACUGGGAAUAUCCAAGCUACGACUGAGAGGUCCUUCUCAACCAAACUUCAUGACGGCACAGCAAGAGCUGUAACAAUCAGGCCAGGAACGUACGGAAAAGUAGUCAGAAAGGAUCCAAACGUGGACGCAUUUACAUUUGCAAAACCUUUAUCAAAAAUCCACAAAAACACAGAGCGUAUAGCGGAGACAACUCCAGUAAACAUGGAGAUAAAAGAGACAACGUCAAGUAUGGAGGUCUUCAAUCGAGGCAGCACACAGAAAGCAGAUAGUCCGCCAAGUACAGAGACCCCAAGGACGACAAUGAGUCCAAAAUCUGAGACUGACGCUGAGCCCAGAUUUAUAACUGGGAAUAUACAAGCUACGACUGAGAAGUCCUUCUCAGGCCUCAGGAUGAGACAGGACAUCCCAGCAGAUACAACCAAACUUCAUGACGGCACAGCCAGAGCUGUAACAAACAGGCCAGGAACUGACAGAAAAGAAGUCGAACAGGAUCCAAAAGUGGACUCAUUUACAUUUCCAAAACCUUCACCAGCAAUCUACAAACCAGCUACAGACACGCUUCGAAAAACUGCAGAUGACAACGUGCCACUCUGCAGAGGUUUAAUACAUCGCACUGAAGCUGGGUGGAAACGCUGUACGGAGAGAUCUGCAGGCAUGGGAACAAAGAGGUUUUCCUCAGAUGCAUUUAAGGAUACAGGAGAGCAGUGGGAGAGAGAACGCAUGUUCAUCAGAGACCAGAAAGACAAUCUUAUUAGUGAUGAUGAAUACUAUCAUUUCUAUUAUUUUGAUGGAGUGCUGAAAAGAGUUCAGAAUAAUUAUUACCCGAGACAAAGACGGCGAAAAAGGAGCCCUAAUAACUCAGAGAAUAGUGUUUUCACAGUGAGAAACAAACGAGACAAUCUCCUCAGUUAUAUCCAACGUCUUACUUUAAGGAAUAAAUCACCUCAAAUAAUCAGGUACAGGAGAUGAUGUGCAGUGAAAACUAAAUACACAGAGAGAACCACGCGAAACAAUUAAAAAUGCAGAAUACAGAAACACAGUUAAACACUGAUAAGUGAUGUAUAUUUUAAC